CAUAUCCUAAGUGGAGUGAAGGAAACCAGAGAGAGACGUGGACAAAAAAACGAACAGAGCUCCCCUGUUUCUUGCCUACACCUCCUUCUCCACCACACAAAAACUCCCAGGUGGACAGAAAAGGAAAGACGGGCACAAAAGAGAGCUAAAGGAGCCGAAAAUUUCAGCCAGAAACCCACAUAAGCAGCAACUCCAAUGGCGUCUCAAGCAAUGCUCUUCUCUUCAGGGGUUUCCACAAGGCCAGCUGUGGAUUUGAAGAGAGACUCAAUGCUUCAGUUCCAGCAGCUCCACCAAAGUUUAGUGAAGCCCAGCUCAUUCGCUUCUCAUCUCCUCUACAGCCCACUCCCUUCUUCUUCUUCUUCCAGAUCGCUCUCCACUGUCGCUCUGUUCAAAUCUAAAACCAAGGCUGUCCCGAAGAAGCAGGCUCCUCCACCGAAGCCCAAAGUUGAGGACGGUAUCUUUGGGACUUCCGGAGGUAUUGGUUUCACCAAGCAGAAUGAGCUCUUCGUUGGACGCGUCGCCAUGAUUGGCUUUGCUGUGAGUUCCAUAACUCACACUUUCUACUGCAAGUUUCUGCAAACAUGGAUUGAAUUAACAUAAUGUGCUUGCAAUGUUUCUCAAUGUUUCUUAUGUCUUGUUUAGUAACAUCUUCAACAAAUUGAAGUCAAAAGUAUGUUACUUUGGUCUAGACUCCUGAGCAUUUGAGGUAGCACGACAACUUUAAGCUGGUCGGUUCGAAUCGCAAUUCGAUUCGUGGAUUCGUUGAUCGAUUUCCCAAGUCUUCAAAUGUAGAAACAAAUUUGAGUAGUCAUCUAUUAGUGAAAAGGUUGGAGUCUCAGGUUGUAGAAGUGAUUGUGUAAUGUGUUUGAUGCGAAUGGUUGCAGGCUUCUUUGCUAGGGGUUGUAGAAGUGAUUGUGUAAUGUGUUUGAUACGAAUGGUUGCAGGCAUCUUUGCUAGGGGAAGCUGUAACAGGGAAGGGAAUUCUAUCACAGUUGAACCUGGAAACAGGAAUCCCAAUUUACGAAGCCGAGCCGCUCCUCCUGUUCUUCAUCCUCUUCACCCUGUUGGGCGCCAUUGGAGCUCUGGGUGACAGAGGACGCUUCGUCGACGAAGAGUCGACGGGGCUCGACAAGGCCGUCAUCCCACCUGGCAAAAGCUUCAGGGCCACAUUGGGCCUUCCCGAAGGAGGGCCGCUGUUCGGAUUCACGAAGGCGAACGAGCUGUUCGUGGGGAGACUGGCGCAGCUGGGGAUUGCCUUCUCGCUGAUUGGAGAAGUGAUAACGGGGAAGGGAGCUCUGGCGCAGCUGAACAUCGAGACCGGGAUCCCGAUCAACGAGAUCGAGCCGUUGGUGUUGUUCAACGUGUUGUUCUUCUUCAUUGCGGCAUUGAACCCUGGCACUGGCAAGUUCGUUACCGAUGAAGGCGAAGAUUAGAGGUUUUUUUUUUUUUAAUUUAGUGGGUUCGUUCAUGGCGGUCUCAAGUCUCAACCUUUCGGGUUUUGUUGCUGUAAUUUUCCCGGGAAAGAUGAAUUAAGGGAAAAAACAGAAAGAUGUUCUUAUAACCCUUCACCCUGCAUGUACGUUUUUUUUUUUUUUACCUUUCCAUUAACGCAAUCGUAAAGUAGAAAUUGGAG